UUCCGACGGUGGGGACUUGGAAGAGGCAUGCGCUCCUACCUUAUCAAAAGUCUAGAAUCUAUACCGCAUUCGGGCUACUAGGCACUACUCACCGACCUCUCGGUUAGCUCAUCUCCGAGCACAUGGUCGAAUACGAGACAAUUAUUUGCCCCUUACUUGUGCCUCCUGACUCUAUCAAUGCUCGGAUACUAAAGGAGAUCGCAGCCAAUUUCUCAUCUCUGCCUCUGAUCUAAUUCGACAUUCUCAAAGAGAGCAGGCGAUGCGCGUCAGCAAACCAUACUUCCUACUCUUGUUCGGCUUUUCUACCUUUUCUGGCUCGCGGUGUGCAGCUGAUCACACUUGCUCGUCCAAGCCGUAUCCUUACCCUUUCCAAUCGAUUCCACAGGCAGGCUACAACAACAACGGGCGGCCACUGAACGUUCAUUCUAUACCACCUGCGAAAGUGUCAUUGGCAGCGUGCCGCGUAUUGCACUGGGAGGGUGACGGCAAGGGUGGUGGAUCAUUUCAAUUACAACCGUGUAAUGUGACGACAACAAAUGACGGCACCGGCGGGCACUGUUUCGUGAUUGCUGUAGAUCAUGAGGCCGAGAGACUCAUCAAGGCUGGUCAUCCAGAUACGUGGAAUGUCUUCAAUGUCAAGAAAGGACCUCAUGGGGAGAUACUGCACAAAUUUGCCCUCUUUUGUGGCUAUGUCGAGACACUUUAUGAUGGUACCUUAGUGCCAACGCUUUCGCUGAAGGGGCAUGAGAACACACUGCGGAAUGCAGCGCUUGCUAUGGGAGAAGUGGCGCGCAAAGCGUACACUCCGCCUGCUCCAGCUGGCAGUCAUUCUACCCUCACGUGCAGGUGGGAUUACACGCGUGACCUGGAAUUCGUUCAAUGGAAUUGCUAUGUGACAACUUGUCUUUGGACUAACUAGCUAUAUAUCUGAGGUCUUCCUAGUCAUGAAUGGAUUGUUCCCCGCUCGAUGUGCUCAUGUGCUGUAAAUUGCAAAGGCCAAACUGUGUCGUCGAAUGCAUUUGACACGCCC